UUUAGGUAUUGCAAUGAAGCUCCUCCUAUUUGCUACCACUCUAGUAAUGGCUGCGUAUGUUGCAGCUAAACCGGGAAAUCAAGGUCCUGCCUUAUCCGAUGAAGGUCUUGUUAAAAGAGAGGAAUGGUCAACGAUAUCAAAGACAGUCAAUGGACAGGAGUUGUUAUUUGGCUGUGACAGAAGACACACAUUAUUAGAUGACGGAAAAUGCUGGUCUUAUUGUGGCUCUUCCUGGGUGGGUAUUAAAAUUAUAAAAACUUGGUUAGCGGUCAGCGGUAAAAAAUCAGUAAUACUUCAUUUUACAAUACUAUUUGGUGUAUACCAAAUGUCAAAAUUAAAAUUUCUUGUUUUCCGUUUAAACCUAUCGGGUAACGUAAUUUUCACUGCAUUGCUCUGGUAAGGGGCAGCAUUACUUUUAUUGAUCGGGCAAUGAUAAAACCAGAAAUGACGCGCGGGCUCUUCCGGGAAGCCGGUAAGUGUAAAGUUCUUUCAAAAUUAAGACUAAACAAACAUUUCAACAUGAGCGGCAGGUGAGUUAUUCUGCAGAUUUUGACAACUGGUAUAUAACAGAACACGAAUUUGAUGAGACAUCAGGAAAACAGCGCGUUUUGUGGUCCCUCGAUCGCCAUUGUUACCUUCGUCUUUGCGGCUAAAUGGUGCAUAAAUAGUUAACAACAAAGGACGAAUAUAUAAUGUUUAUUCAUAAUAACAGGAAUUAUUAAAACGGACUUUAGUUAGUUGAAUGACGGGUACCGGAUUGACGUAUACUGGAUAAACGGAUAGAUUGGUAAAUUGGUAAACGGAUCGUCGGAUAAACGGAUAAACGAAUAAACGGAUAGACGGUUUACACAGAUAAUAUCUUUGUCAUAUUAUUUAUACUAAUGGGGCAUGAAUUGAAGUUUUGGUCAUUAGCAAAGGCUAUAAAGUCGAGAUAUAGCGAUCAAAAUCGUUGUAAAUUCCAGUUCGUUGUAAAUAUUCGCAAGUAUGUUUCUAAAUUUGGAUUAUUGGCUGUAGAGCUUCAGUACUUCAGUAAUCAGCAAACUACUUCCGAAAUUGGCUUACCAAUUCUCCAAUUUGUAUUUCCUGACAAUUUAGUAUCCGCCUAUCCGUCUAUGCAAUAACCGGUACCCAAGUUUUCUACCAAACAUUUCGUGACACCGGAUGUGUACCAGCAAUAAAUAGUUUGCAUGAUUUGUUUUACUCGAAAUUAUUUAAAUCUUGGUAUUAAUUAAUUAAACAUAAUAUGAUAUAUUUCUUCUCGUGCCUAACGCAAGUAAAAUUUGCGUGUACCUCAUUUGAAAGAUUUAUAGAAGAAAAAGAGUUAUUUUACAACACUUUCCACUUGUAUUAAUUUUAUAAAUAUUUGAUCUGUAACUGAUCACGACGGAAAAAAAGGUGGCGUUUUUACGUCGUCUAUUCUGUUUUCAAAUUUGGGAUAGCUCCGACAUAAUUGUUCAAAAAGGAAAUCGAAUUUUAGGUUCAGUGACCGGUAAAAAAAUUUCAGGCUAAUAAUUAUAGGUCUUAUAUUACCUUAAUCUUUGAUUUCUCUCCACAAUUUUAAAUACUUUUUCGAGAAAAAUUAAAAGUUGAAGCAAAAAAUGUCUCGUAUAACUGAAAUAUACUUAUUUAACUAGAUGUCAGACACAGUGAAAACAUUUUUAAACCUUUAAAUUGUAUUUUUAUCCAGACGAGCGGAGAGUGGUGCUACACCAAGAGAGCAGAUGGUAUGACGAAGGGUUGCUGGAAUAAUAGAAAAUGUUAUCACUUCGUUGAUGAAUGUCUUACUGCUUGCACCCUUUGAGAUCUUCUCCAUGAGCUUCAAGAAUUAAUGAUUAAAAACCGGACCAGUUAAAUGACUGGGCUUUGUUAAAAUCAGAAUUAUCAAAAUAAAAGGAGAAUUGCAUUGAAAUGAC